AAGCCGCCGUGCAAGGGACACGCACGCUUGUCACCGAGAGCUGCGAUAGGCCGGGAGGUUGCGCUGCGGCAGGUAUAUUUGACAGGGUAUUUCAGUGAUUGAGGCUUAAAGCAAGACAGAUACAGUUGAUCUGUGGGAAGAUAAGAGAGUCACUUACAGGAAUCCGUGAAACAUCGCUCCAUAGGUGCAGUGAGCCAUGCUGCGGUGGAUAGCCUAUGUGGCACUGCUGGGAUGUCUCUCAGGAGCUGUUGACAGGGGUAACUUCAAAACAUGUGACCAGAGCAGUUUCUGCAAGCGUAACCGGGCGCUGACCAGCGGCAGCUCGCCGUACCUUGUGGCGGCCGACUCGGUGCGCGUGUCGGGUGCCGAGGCGACGGCACGCCUGCAAGACGGGCACGCGCCGGCGGCCGUGCCGCUCCGGCUCCAGCUGACCGCGCUUCAGGACAGUUCGCUCCGGCUGAGGGUCGUCGAGGAGGCGCCGCUGCGGCCGCGCUACUCGCCUCAGUACGCGCUGCAGGGCGAGCCAAACACUCAGAGUCUGACGGUGGUGGAGCAGCUAGAUGACCGUCUACACCUCAAGUUUGGCGCUGACUCCGAGCUGGUCAUGCUGUACAAGCCGUUUCAGCUGCAGGUGGCGCAGGCCGGCAAGACUGUGAUCACCGUCAACUCGGACGGCCUCUUCAACUUCGAACACUACAGAACCAAGCCGGAACCGAAGGAGGCGCCGGCGCCUGUAGACGUCGAGGCCGAGCCUGCCAAUGAUGGCGAGCACCAGGAGCAGGAGCACGAGCCGCCGGCCGACGAGCCGGCCGAGGACGAGUCCGGCAUGUGGGAGGAGCACUUCAAAACGCACCGGGACAGCAAGCCGAACGGCCCGUCGUCGGUGGGCGUGGACGUGACGUUCCCGGGCUCGGCGCACGUCUACGGUAUCCCCGAGCACGCCGAUUCGUUCGCUCUCAAGGAUACCAGCUCGGGCGAUCCGUAUCGUCUGUACAAUUUGGACGUAUUCGAGUACGAGAUCGGGAAUCCAAUGGCGCUGUACGGCUCUGUGCCCUUCGUCAUCUCACAGAGCGGCUCGCACGGCGCUGCUGGCGCCUUCUGGCACAACGCGGCCGAGACGUGGGUGGACGUACGCUCGGAGCCGGACGCGGGCCUCGUCUCUACCGUCACCAGCUACCUGGGCGGCGGCCAGGCCGAGACACGCAAGCACCUGCACUGGAUGUCGGAGUCGGGCGUGCUCGACCUCUUCCUACUGCUGGGACCGACCAGCCGCGACGUCAUGCGACAGUACAAGCAGCUUACGGGCGCCACGCAGCUCCCGCCGCUGUUCUCGCUGGGUUACCACCAGUGUCGCUGGAACUACAACGAUCAGCGCGACGUGGCUAACGUUCACGACAGCCUGGACCACCACGACCUGCCGUUCGACACCAUCUGGCUCGACAUCGAGCACACGGACGGCAAGCGGUACUUCACCUGGGACAGCCACAAGUUCUCGCACCCUGACGACAUGAUCCGUAACAUGUCCUCGCGCGGCCGCAAAAUGAUCACCAUCAUCGACCCGCACAUCAAGAAAGACAGUAACUACUUCGUGCACGCUGACGCCACUAGCAACGGCUACUACGUCAAGGACAGGGACGGCAACGAUUUUGACGGCUGGUGCUGGCCCGGCUCGUCGGGCUACCUGGAUUUCUUCCAGCCAGCCGUGCAGGAGUACUGGGCGUCCCGUUUUCAGCUGGCGAACUACAAGGGCUCUACGCUUGACCUUUACACCUGGAACGACAUGAACGAGCCCAGCGUCUUCAACGGACCCGAGGUGACGAUGCACAAGGACGCGCGCCACCACGGCGGCUGGGAGCACCGCGAUGUGCACAACGAGUACGGCAUGCUGGUGCCAAUGGUAUCUGCGCGCGGCCAGAUGGAGCGCUCGGGCGGCACACUGCGACCGUUCGUGCUGACGCGCGCCGCCUUCGCCGGCUCCCAGCGUUUUGGCGCCAAGUGGACGGGUGACAACACUGCGCAGUGGUCACACCUGCAGUACACCAUCCCGAUGCUGUUGUCCAGCUCGGUGGCCGGCAUCUCCUUCAUCGGUGCCGACAUCGGCGGAUUCUUCGGCGACCCGGACACCGAGCUGCUGACGCGGUGGUACCAGGUGGCCGCCUUCCAGCCGUUCAUGCGGGCGCAUGCGCACAUCGACACACGCCGCCGCGAGCCCUACCUCUUCGGAGAGGAGACGACCCGGAUGAUCCGUGCGGCCCUGAAGCAGCGCUACCGUUUCCUGCCGCUCUGGUACACGCUCUUCUACGAGAACGAGCAGACGGGCAUGCCGCCGAUGCGGCCGCUCUUCAUGGCCUUUCCGGAUGAUGUCAGCACGUACUCCAUGGAAGACCAGUACAUGGUCGGGGAGGCGCUGCUGAUCCACCCGCAGACGGCGCAGGGCGGCUCGUCCGUCUCCGUCUACUUCCCCGGCGCUGACACGGUGUGGUACGACAUCGUGACCGCCGAGCGGUUCACGCACGGCCGUUCCACCGUCGCCACGCCCCUGGACAAGCUGCCGGCGUACCAGCGCAGCGGCACUGUGGUGGCCACCAAGGAGCGGCCCCGACGCGCCAGUGCGCACAUGGCGGCCGAUCCGUUCACGCUGACUGUGGCGCUGGACGCGCGCCAGACGGCCACCGGCGCGCUGUACAUCGACGACCACAGCUCGUUCCAGUACCGCGACGGCAAGCACAUCUACCGGCGGCUGGCGUUCGAGAACAGCGCUCUCAAGUCUAGUCACAUCUCUGGCGCGGGUCUGGAUACGGCCAGCUGGGUGGAGCGGGUGGUGGUGCUCGGCCUGCGCACCGCGCCCACGGCCGUCCACGUCACCAGCCAAGGUCGGGACGAGGCACUGGACUUCAAAUAUGACAAAGAUCUGCAGAAGCUGGUCAUUAGGAAGCCGGCGGUGAACGCGGGUGCUGAUUGGUCAAUCGUCAUUUCGUAAUGGCGCUGAUUGGUUCAUCGUCAUAUCGCAACAAGGGCGAUGGCUGAUUGGUCGCCUCGCAGUGGCGUUGACUGGUCGACCGCUAUCGCGAACGGCGCUGAUAAGUUGAUCGUCGUCCCGUGAUGUGGCCGACUGGUGGUCCGUCAUUGCGCGGCGGCCGCCGGCGGUAGACACGAUCUGGGGGCCGGGGUUUGCGUGCGUGUGUCGGUGUGCGCGCGGCGGGUUGGUCGGCCGCCGGCCAGUGAUACUCCUGUGGUUGUUAUGUGCAGGGCUGGCGGGGUGGGGUCGGCGCGCGGUUCAUUCCACGGUGGUGGCGCGCCGGAUCGCAGGGACGGCGGGGCGCAGUCGGGUGACGGGCCGGGCCGGGCUGGUCGGCGUGGGCACGCUUUGGGAAACCUCGGGUCUGCCGGGGCGAGAUGAAACCGACGUCAGCGGCCACACGACGACAGUUGCCUAAAAGACAUGUGUUCUUGAAGCAUCUGGACGGUUACCUCUGGAAAUCUCGCUCAGUGGAUAGGGCGGGUUUGAGCUUUCUCUGGUACGAACGAUGCCCGGGGCCCGUCUGCUUCUGAUUGUGUCGUCACGAAACUUGGGAACGUCGUUGGCGGUGCGGCCGUGGUUCGUGCUGUCUCCUUGCCCGGGUCGGCAUCGCGUGGUCGCGUCAAUGUUUUGCUCACUUUGGGAACGUCGAGCAUGUGAUCCGUCAGAUUUCUGACCGUCGGUGGGCAGGCGCCACGUCAAUUAUCCUUCUGUCUGGUGUUUUGCGAUUGAUGCUCAGUGAAAUGCCUCUGCCCCAUUAACCUGCAAACUUGAUUCAUUGUUCCGUUGGGAUGGAGCUGCACUUCUGCAGCUUGCCAUCAGAUAUGCCAAGGCACUGUGCAAGUAAAAUGGACCAUUUAUUUCCGCUGCUGUGCUCAGGCCUGUAAGUUUCGCGUUGUAACGUGCCGCUCAUUCUGUGUUAUUGGUGUUUCUUUCCCUGAAGCAUGCAUUUAUGUGUGUGGUGUGCUACAAGGAGCCAAAUGUUUGUCUUCGAUGCUCUCUGCUUUGGUCUGGGCCCCAUCUCCUCGCUCUGUUCAUUUGUGUUGUCUGUGAAGCUUCGCCAGUGUGUGAACUGUGUGUUUGUUGUGUGUUGUCAUCACAUGUGUUCGGAUUCGGGAAGCCCUUUUCGGCAGUGGUCCGCCGACCAGUUACCCCACUCGUAGCUUUCUGCACGAGCUGCCACGUCUCGCUCAGCGAGGGGCUCACUCCACUCCCGGGGGGGUAGGGAGGGGAAGCGGGCAGUGCAGCACACGGGCUCAUCGGCUAUUCGCGUCGCCCGCGAUGCACUUGAUUGGAUACGCUGAGCGCCAGUCACCUCCCAUCCCCCUCCAAGCAGAGUCCCCCUACUGUUCUGACCUCUCUCCGCAUCACGCUGUCGGCUUCCUCGGACAGCGCGCGAUGCCCUCGUCGCGACGGCGCGCGUGACGACACUGGUGGGGGUGGCCUCUAAGCUGUGUGGUUGUCUGACUGAUACCCCACCCCAUGCGGUGAGGCGGGGGUUCAUGAGGCAGACUGUCUACGGCCGAGUUGCCCCCCCCCCCCCAUUAGAAGGCCGCGUCAAAUGCUCAUUUUGUUUCCAAUUUUUAAAGCACGGAACGAUUUUGCGCUUGGUUCCUAUGCACAUUGUGGUAACGUGUCGAGGUUCGCCUCCGCGGUUCCUGCACACGCACCCCGAGACGCCGCAGAAACAUGAUCAUAUAUUCUUCGGCACCAGCGGCUUUUGUACGGCGGCGCCGCCGGUGGGCAUCGAAAUGCCGCGGUGGUGUCAGAUCAACAUCAACUAUUCUACAUCCGCUCCGCCCUCCGCUGAAUUCCUUGAUGAUCGAUGAUCGCAUGAUGACGUCACGGGUCACGGCCGACGCUUCGCCCGUCGGCCGUGGCCCACGUCGGCGUUCAGUGGCGCCCACGUCCGCGUUACAGUGGCGGCCCCGCCGCGUCACAGUGGCUGCCACGUCCGCGGCCGGGGUGAGGCCCUGUCGCCGGAGAGUGGCUUCACACCGGCUACGGCGGCUGCCACCCGUGGCCGCGGCCAUCCCCCCCUCCCCUCCCCUCCGCCUGGAAGUCUGCGCAGCGCAGAUGAUCAGCCGCAUCCGCUCAGCGUUGCGGAGCCGGUCGAUUCCCCGCGUCAGUUGCGCCCCGACGCCAAUGGCCGGCGGCCUCCUGCGGAACGGUGGGGACGGAGCAGGGCUGGAUCCGUCGCAGAGAGUCAGAGGGUGGGCCAGUCCUCGCAGACCCGGGCGGAUGUAGCCGAGGGGGCGAAGGGGUGGAUCCGUGGGAGAGAGUCGGAGGGCGGGCCAGUCCUCGCAGCCUGGGCGGAUGUGCCGUCUGCGCGGGUCAACCUCAGAGGAACCAGGUCGGACUUUUGCUCGACUUAGCCGCACAGUAGUCACAAUAAGUGUUGACUGGUGGACGUGCGUGGCCUCGUUCAGCCACUAUCUGAGUGAUUAUAGGCGAUAAGUAUUGAUAAUAAAUGGGUGUGUGACGCACAGUUAGUGUUAUUCACUUA